GCUGCCUCUGCAAACCUGCUUGUGCAAUGGGUGGGUUGUGAGCGCUGGUAAGACUUGGGAGACGCGUCGCCCUUUUGCCGCUGCCUUUCUUCUCUCAGCCUUUGUCCCUUCUCGCCCAUUUAUUUCUCUUUCUCCAUGUGCUCUGCCGUUCUGUCUCCGGGGUUUUCGCUGUCAGGUAAUGAGGAGCUGUGGGCCCCGUCAGCCUUGGAGAUGCCGAAACGACGAGACAUCCUGGCCAUCGUGUUGAUAGUGCUUCCUUGGACGCUGCUCAUCACUGUUUGGCACCAGAGCACCAUUGCUCCGCUGCUGACAGUGCACAAGGAGGAUGGUGGAGACGCCCGUCACGACUUCUCCCAGGGCUCGGACUCCAAGGAGUACUGCCUGUCUGACCGCGACAUUGUGGAGGUGGUUAGGACAGAGUACGUCUACACCCGCCCACCUCCUUGGUCGGACGCCUUGCCCACCAUCCAUGUCGUCACGCCCACGUACAGCCGGCCGGUCCAGAAGGCGGAGCUGACCCGUCUGGCCAACACUUUUUUACACGUUCCGAACUUGCACUGGAUCCUUGUGGAGGACUCCCAGCGGCGGACGCCUUUGGUCACCCGGCUCCUGAGGGACACGGGGCUGAACUACACCCAUCUCAAUGUGGAGACCCCACGCAAUUACAAGCUGAGGGGGGAUAUGAGGGACCCGCGGAUCCCCCGGGGGACGAUGCAAAGGAACCUGGCCCUACGGUGGCUGAGGGAGACCUUUAAUAAAAACAACAGCCAGCCUGCGAUAGUUUACUUUGCGGAUGAUGAUAACACCUACAGCCUGGAACUCUUUGAGGAGAUGAGGACCACCAGGAAAGUGUCGGUGUGGCCAGUGGCCUUUGUGGGCGGCUUACGCUACGAGUCACCCAAAGUGAACGCUGCCGGGAAGGUGUACGGCUGGAAAACGGUCUUCGAUCCUCACCGGCCUUUUGCCAUCGACAUGGCCGGCUUCGCGGUGAACCUCAGGCUGAUCCUCCAGAGACCUCAGGCUUACUUCAAACUACGAGGGGUGAAGGGGGGCUAUCAGGAGAGCAGCCUGCUCCGGGAGCUGGUGACCCUGAACGACCUCGAGCCGAAAGCUGCCAAUUGCACUAAGAUUCUUGUCUGGCACACAAGGACAGAGAAACCCGUGCUGGUGAAUGAGGGAAAGAAAGGCUUCACAGACUCCAAUGUGGAAAUCUGACAUCACACGGCGAAAGCAGAGAAAAUAUUAUCAGUCUGUUCCCUCUUGUGGAGUCCUCAAGUCGAGUACCCAGUCUCCAGGCAGAAGUCUGGACACUUUUAACAAAUUGAGAGGAACUGAGCUGAAUCACCAAACCAACCGAAACUGCUCGGGUUCUUCUGAACUUCCUCGCAGACUCUUGAAUGAAGAAGGAAAGCAACACAACUGUUCCUCUGGAGACAAACUGGUUUUAAAAAAAAUGGCAAAGGGGGGGAAAAGCACAGAAAGCUGCAUUGUUGGCAGCAGCAUUUUUUGGGCAGACAUGCAGAGACCC